CAUCGGCGACUUCGCACGAUGGCAAUGUUGAGCAGUUUAGGGUUGAUCACGAUCAUGUGACAGACAGCUUUGGGAGAGAACGGCUCUGAACGCAGAAACAUCAGGCGCAACUAAAGGAGUUUCCACUGCGCGAGAGACAGAGCGUACAAGUGAACAUCGCCCUGCUUCGAAACCGUUAUUCAAGCGCUCUGAACGACGUCGACGGUCCGUGGAAAGUUCUGGGGAGAAGCUUGUUUUGAACAGCUCGGAUAAAGAAACGUUCGGCGGCGAUAAAACAUUCUCUGUAGAAGAGGACAGACGCGCAAAUCUCAGCGGGCAUGCGGGAGGUUUUGGAGUUAUUUGACGGCAAACGCUCUACGAACAAAUAAGAACUUUCGCGCUGAUUCCUUUUGUUAAUCUCGUCAUCCGUCGGUUUUUUUUAAGAACCGAUGAUUGGGUGCGAUACAAAGUUUCGACAUUGCGUUUAAAAAGUAGCGACAUCGGGGCAGGAGUUUUGGAACAAAACGGGGAAAACGUAUCAAACCCCUCCGUUUCCUUUUUUUAGGGGACUGUCGUGUUUUCCCGAAUUUUAACGUCUUUUUAAGUUUUUUUGGAGGGUUAAUUUUUUUUUAAAUAUGGUUGGGGAAAUGGAAACGAAGGAGAAGCCCAAGCCGACUCCUGAUUAUCUGAUGCAGCUCAUGAACGACAAGAAACUGAUGAGCAGCCUGCCAAACUUCUGUGGUAUCUUCAACCAUCUCGAGCGACUGUUAGAUGAAGAAAUUGGAAGGGUACGGAAGGACAUGUACAAUGACACUCUGAACGGCAGCACAGAUAAAAGGACUUCCGAGCUCCCGGAUGCUGUGGGGCCCAUUGCACAACUCCAAGAGAAACUCUAUGUGCCUGUCAAAGAAUACCCAGAUUUCAAUUUUGUGGGAAGGAUCCUGGGGCCCCGGGGUCUGACAGCCAAACAACUGGAGGCAGAGACGGGCUGCAAGAUUAUGGUGCGAGGGAAAGGCUCCAUGAGAGAUAAGAAGAAGGAAGAGCAAAACAGAGGAAAGCCCAACUGGGAACACCUGAAUGAAGACCUGCAUGUCCUCAUCACUGUGGAAGACUCUCAAAACCGUGCCGAGAUCAAACUCAAGAGAGCCGUUGAGGAGGUCAAGAAACUCCUAGUCCCUGCGGCCGAAGGUGAAGACAGCUUGAAAAAGAUGCAGCUGAUGGAGCUGGCCAUUCUCAACGGCACUUACAGAGACGCCAAUGUCAAGUCACCCUUAGCCUUCUCCCUGGCCGCCACCGCACAAGCUCCCCGCAUUAUCACCGGCCACUCCCCAGUGAUGCCCACAGCGGCUCUGCGUACCCCUGCACCCGCAGCACCCACCCUCAUGCCCCUCAUCCGACAGAUCCAGACCUCUGCCAUCAUGCCCACGGGCACGCCCCACCCCGCCGCGACUCUCGUACCCCAGACCCCUGAGUCAGGCAUCAUCUAUGCACCCUACGAGUACCCCUACACCCUCGCCCCUGCAACCUCCAUUCUUGAAUAUCCUAUUGACUCAAGUGGUGUUUUAGGUAUGGCUUUCCCGACAAAAGGCUAGUAAUGCUCAGGGGUUUAACACAGUCUUCAGCCCAUACGAGUGUUAAAAAUGCUUUGCUUUACAGCUGCCUUGGAUCAAAAAAAAGACAAAAGAGCGAACGAAGAAACUGAUUUUUUUAUAAGAAACAAAAGACUAAAGAUCAUUACUACUCAUGUUUACACUGGUCUUAACUGUUUUGUUGACUUAUUCAUAGAUUAAAAAUGGAUAUUUUCAGAUAAAUACUGAUAAUUAAGCCUUACAUUCCUCUGUUUGAAAAGUAAUCUAUAUUUGUUUAGCUUGUAAUUUUUGUAUCACUUAUUUUCCUGCAACUGUAUCUUAGAUAUUUAGAGAGUGAUCAGUAUUAUUGCUAAUAAUAACAUGCUUGUGAAAAACUUUCUCCAUGAAAUAGCCUCUAGUGAAUUCAUAUUGUCUGAAGCAUAUUGCAUAGUGAGAAGAAUACAAGGCCAUUACAGUCGUUGUAUAAAAUAGUCAAGAGCGUUAAAAAGCAGCAGUUUUGGUGUUUUCAUGGAAAUGCGACAGAUUUCCUGAGAAAUUGAGAAAGGGCAAUGACACAUGAUGUGAUUUCACUACAAGGUGGAGAAAAGAUCGCUUGUGCCUUGUAAUUUGGUCUUACAAGCCUUGUUUGUGAAACAAUGUUGUGUGAAAUGUAGUUUUAAUGUAUUUUGAUGAAUAAUCUGUUAAUUCUUGUUUUGUUGGCAAUGUUGCGCUCUGAGCAGGUGCAGUGACUACUAAAGUACGAAGGCAGGAUAUGCGCGUCCAUCCUUACCAAAGGGUAGUGACCGCAGAACGAGGUUAGUUUAGCUCCAGUGUUUAAACUGUGCUCUUUGUUUAUAUGUGUGCGCGUGUGUGCGUGUGUGUGUGUGUGUUUCUUUAGUAUGCUGAUUACACUGUCUUUUUCACUGCAUCUCACUCAAUGCAGAGGAAAUUAUUAGCCUGCCAAACAAAUAGCAUCACUGGAGAUUUCAGUGUUGCUGUUAUCAGGUAUAGUACAUGCCAGUCAUACUGUGCAGGGUUUGUUUACUCUCUAAACCUGCCAACCUGGAAAUGCAUUGAAACUGUAGGUGUUAUCAGCUUACUUGUAUUAUUUUUUGGGGGUCACUGAAGCAAAGGUUAAAAAAUAGAAUACGGUUACAAAUUAAUAACAUCCUUUGAUGGCUUAUGACAACAUUUCAAAAUCUGAAAUUUAAGCUCUGUUCCAGAAUUUAGUGAGUUAUCUUCUAAGACUGCCGUGAAACCUUGUUAAUGUUAAUGUUAAUUCCAUAACAUUAAUGGCAUUCUGCACAGAAGACUCAACUUUUAUCAAUAUUUGUCAGUAAUGACAUAAAUGAAACGCAGCACAACGCAAUUUGAGAUUGCCUUUUCUGUGAAGCAUGCAUACAGCGGGUAAAAUAAGUAUUGAACGCGUCAUCGUUUUUCUCAGAAAAUAAAUUUAGAAAGGCGCUGCUGACGUGAAAGAUUUCACCAGAUUUCAGGUAACAACCCAACUAAUCCAUACGUACAAAGAAAAAAUCAAUAAGUACAGAAAUUAAGUUAUGCAUAAUAAAAUGAAAUGACAUGGAAAAAGUAUUGAACAUGAAGAAACGGGGAACAGGGAAACAUGGAAAACCAAGACGCCAGCUUAAAUCUAUCAAUAUUUAGAAAGCAAUCCUGCGCCUUGUCAGUGCAAAUUAAUAUUAGCUGAUUCAGUCCCAACCCCAGGAUGAUGGAACAUGAAACAAGGGUGGACGUUUCUGCAAGACGGUUAUCCCAAAUACAGCCAAGGAAGUUCUCAGUUGGUUUCAGACGAAGAAAAUAAAACCGUUAGAAUGGCCCCGGCCAAUCACCUGACUUGAAUCCAAUAGAAAAUAAGAACUAAAGAUCUGAGUUCAUAGAAGAGGCAUAUAGAUCCUUCAAGAUUUGAAGAUUGAUUGUGUGAAAGAACUGGCCAAAAACCACACUUGAGCAUUGCAUGCAAUUAUCCAUACAUGAGGCGUCUUGAAGCUGUCAUUACCAACAAAGAUUUUGUAAAAUGUAUUAAAUACAUUUCAGUAGUGCAAUACUUUUUCCCUGUUAAAUUCCAUUUUAUUUCACACAGCUUAAUUUCUGAACUUACUUGCUUUUACUUAUGUUUCAUUUGUAUGUAUGGAUUCCUUCGAUCAUUCUCAACAUCUGGUAAAAAUUGUGUGUUAACAGCAUCUUUAGACAUACAUUUACUGUGAAAAAUAGCAAUGCGUUCAAUACCUAUUUUAUCCACUGUGUACGCUACCUCAGGAUAAAAUGAGGUAAAACAAGCCUUUACAUUGGAAAUGUGCCUAAACACACUGCCUCUGUAGGAAGCUCACCAGGUUUUGGAACAGACUGUUAGUAUGAUCUGAUAACUUCAGCACUUACAUGCAUUGUAUAUUGGGACAAACAUGACCCGAAGCUUAGUGGAUGUAGAUGAAAAACAGCUAGUGUGUUAGUGUUAGAACCACUUUGGAGCAAAAUUGACUGUCCACUGUGCUCCAUUACGCUGAUGACGUUGUGAUGGCCUUCAGGCUCAUAGUCAAUGAAGGGUAAUGGAGCUCACCUGUUUGUUUGCUUCUGUUUAUUCCUUCAUUUGUCAUUCCUUUGAUAUCCUUCUCUCAGUUUUAAUGUAUUUUCAGAUUAUUUUAUGUCGCUUAAAUACAUUAGUGUCCCAUUUAAAUCUACUUUCCCAUUCUGAUCCAUUUGAAACAUUGUUUCGGCAGCUUUCAAAGAAACUGUUUUUAUUUUAAGAAUAAUGGAGUUCUGUUUUACUCUAUAUCCAUCUGAUAUGAUAAAAGAAAUAAUCCUAUUUAUGGUUCAGCCAGGCCAGACCAGCAUAAGAUUUAGAUUUAGAAGAUGGUGCUAUGCUGGUUUUUUCCCAAUUCAUGAUACAGAUGUAUACUACAGAUGUCGUAUGAAUUAAGAAACGUUAAUACUGUAUAUUAUUUCAGGCCUGUUAUAAGCUGUAUCUCAUUACUGAAGAUACUUUGACUUCUGCAAAAUUUACUUUUUUUUUGUUCAUGUAUUGUUUGGAAUCUUUUCUCAUUUUACAUAUUUUAUUUAUACCUUUUUUUAAAUGCAGUUUUUAUGUAUCGAUCAGCUGUUAAUUUUUAAGAAUAAUUUUUGGCCAGGGUCAUUGAGCAUAUUCAUGUCAAAAUCUUUCAUAUGCCUUAAAUGGAAAUAAACUGGAUCUAAGGGAAUUACAGCACCAGCUUCUAAAGACCGCUGUAAUGAAACUGAUUUAAUCUCAUAUUACAAAUACGUGGAUGUGCCAAAACUGUACAUAUAAUAACUAUGACUCCUGAAAAAGAAACUGUAAACGUGAGAAUCUACUGAUCAAUAUAAGUGAAUUUCACACCCAUAAGACUUUAACAUGUCAUAAUUUAAUAGACCAAUAAAACUGACCAGUUUAAUGCAUAACAAUUGUGAAAUUGCACAAAAGUCCAAUUUAUCUUGUCUGGCUUACUGCCCACAGCCUCAGAGAGAGAUAUCUGAGAAUUUGCCUUGAAUGAAAGGCAUUGGAUGAAAUAUUCCAAGCACCUGGUUUGGACAGUGUCACACAAGAUAGGCUAGACGGUUAUGAAGGUUAGGACUUGUUUGAGAGUCUAAGUCAUCAUAUGCACAUCAUAUACCCUUUAAAAAUGUUUUUUUAAUGCUCGGUGUAUACCCGAAGCAUUGCAAUGGUGUUUCAGAGUGCUUAUGAUCCCUUAAACUCCCAUUCAAGAAAUUCCUCAUCAUAAAAAUAUGGCACAAGUAUUUUGCACUGAAGAUUUUAAAUCACCGGCUCCUUGUCUGCGAUACUCGGACAGAGCAAAGUGAAACAAGAAAAAAAAACAAAACGGCAAAACCUCAUGAGAUGUUAGGAUGUUUAUCAAAGCAGGACGGUCAUACAAUGUGGCCAACUGUUAG